AUGUUGAAAGCACUGCGGGCGAGACGAGAGCCAGGGGUUUUGAGGCCGAGGAUUGUGAUAGGACGUGAGAGGAUUUCUGAAGUUAGGAUUGGGAAAUGUUUGGCGUCAAGUUUAGGAUGGAAGGGACACUUUCCGAUGUCGUUGGUUCAGAGCACCUGUAGCACCGCCAAACCCUCCCUCACGUCUCGCACCCCCUUUUCAUGCACACGCCUUCCUGCGCCUGUUUGGUUAUCGCUUGAUGGCCUUAGCACGACGCUCCGUUGCGACAAUGCGACCUCCCCUGCGACGGCAACGACCUUCCCCUGCCACAACGACGACGACCUCCCCUGUCACAACGACGACCACCUCCCCUGCCACAACGACGACACCGACGACGACUUCCCUGCCACAACGACACUCCCUGUCACAACGACGACGACCUCCCCUGUCACAACGACGACGACCUCCCUGCCAACGACGACGACCUCCCCAAACGGCGACGACUUCCCUGCCACAACGACGAACCUUCCCUGUCACGACGACCCCUCCCCUGUCACAACGACGACGACUGCCGACGACGACCCCUGCCACAACGACGACGACCUCCCCUGUCACACGACGACGACCUCCCCUGCCACAACGACGACCCCCUGCCAACGACGACCACCUCCCUGCACAACGACGACGACUCCCCUGCCACAACGACGACGACCUCCCUGUCACAACGACGACGACCUCCCCUGUCACAACGACGACGACCUCCCCUGCCACACGACGACGACACAACGACGACGACCUCCCCUGCCACAACGACGACCACCUCCCCUGCCACAACGACGACGAACGACGUCCCUGAACGACGACCACCCCUGCACCACUCCCCUGCCACGACGACCACCUCCCCUACCUCCCCUGUCACAACGACGACGACCUCCCCUGCCACACGACGACGACCUCCCUGCCAAACGACGACCACCUCCCCUGCCACAAGACGACCACCUCCCCUGCCACGACGACCCUCCCUGCCACAACGCCGACCACUCCCCCUGCCACACGACGGACGAACGACGACGACCAGCCCCGCCGCGACCUGCGCCUCCGCUGUCACCGACCAACGCCGCCGCGGCAACAACCAGCAGGAGAGCAGGCUUGGUGCCAUAA